AUGGUGGAUGCUAGCAAAAAGAGGGACAUUGGAUGGAAUUAUGGCACUCAAGAAGCGACGAAAGAUUCGGGUAAUUGUAACUUUUGUGGGAGUACUUUCAAUGAUGGAAAAACUCGACACAAACAACAUUUAGUGGGUGGUUUCAAGAAUGUUAAACAAUGUACCGCUUUUCCGUCGGAUAUUAAAGAAAAAGUAAGGGCUUAUAUGCAAAACAAGAUAAUUAAUAAUCCCAAAUUUCAAGUGAGGCAGCCGAAAGAAUAUAUUGAUGUUGAUGAUCUUGACCAAAUGGAUGAUUAUGAGGAAAUGAUGCCUCCCUCCAAAACUCAAAAGAUAUCUUCUAGUUCUAAUGGAGGUGCAUCAUCUACCGCGCGGAAUGUGACAAAAGGCCCUUUGAAUCGCUAUUUUUCACAGAAAUCAACACAAAAAGGAGGCUUUGAAAAAGGAGAAGGAAUUGAUGAAACAAAGAAAAUACUAAGAGAGCGUGCGGCGGUUGGACAACAUGGCCCCGGAAUGAAGCCUCCUACACUCCAUGAAGUUAGAGUCACUCACCUAAAAAAAGCGGUGGAGAAAGUAGAAAAAAUUGUUGAUGAGCAUAAAGUGCAAUGGACAAAGUUUGGAUGUUCCAUUAUGAUGGACAAAUGGACGGCACGAAAUGAUAAAAUGAUCAUCAAUAUUUUGGUGAAUUCUCCAAUCGGUAGUGUAUUUCUUGGUUCUGUUGAUGCUAGCAAUGAAUCUACCGAUUCCACCAAAAUGUACAUGUUAUUUGAAAACACUAUUGAAAGAAUUGGGCCGAAAAAUAUUGUACAGAAGUUGUCACCGAUAAUGCUAGUGAGAAUGUUAAGGCGGAAAGUAUGA